ACAACCCUGCCCCACCCGCAUCCACAUUGUUGCUGUUUUGUUCUUGGCGCGACAUUUUGUUUUCACCUUGCAGAAAGUUCAGGGAAAAUGUAAAUACGGACAUGGCCCAAUACUCUCCGCGCCAGUGCCUGGCCACGCCCGGAGCCACCGACUUUGGCUUCCCCUUCGCCCCGUACGACAUCCAGGAGCAGCUGAUGCAGGAACUCUUCUCGGUGCUGGAGCGCCGACAGGUGGGCAUUUUCGAGAGUCCCACGGGCACUGGUAAAUCCCUGACUCUCACCUGCGGCGCACUCACCUGGCUGCGCCAGCAUGAACAGCUGGUCCGCUCCGAGCUGCUGCAGCGCAUCAACGAGGUGGAGAAGGAGCUGGACCGUCUGCAGGCGGCCAGUGCCCAGGCGGAGGACUGGAUCUGUGCCCAGACCGCGUCCCGGGAGCAGCAAAUGGAUCUUCAGCAACUGAACCACCUCCGCUCGCUGCUGGAGAAACGAGAAGAGCAGCUGGCGAGGAUCAGGGAGCGCACCAAGGAGAGGAAGAAGCAUCAGAAGUUCAGGACAAGACCCAAGCCCGACGAGGAACAGCAGCAGCAGGAGGACAUCGAGCAUCACUCCGAUGUGGAUGCAGACUCAGAUUCGGAACACGAGCUAGCAGACGGCCCCGAGGAGCAGUCCGAGGAUCGAUACCGCUCCGUGCAGAUCUUCUUCUGCAGCCGCACCCACUCGCAGCUGGCGCAGAUUGUGGCUGAGCUGAGGAAGACACCGCACGCUGCGUGGGUGCGCUGCGUCUCGCUGGGCUCCCGGCAGCAGCUGUGCAUCAAUCCGCAGGUGCGCAAGCUCCGGAACGUGGGCCUGAUGAACGAGCGCUGCCUGGACAUGGCCCGGAGCAAGGCCCCGGCCCCUGCCAAUCCCAGCAAGAAGUCCCGCCUGGCGGGUGGAGCCGCCUCCUCGCUCAGUCGCUGCCCCUUCAAGGCGCCCGCACUGGUUGAGAUCCUUCGGGAUGUGGCUCUGUGCGAGCCCCUGGACAUUGAGGAACUGGCCGUCGAGGGCAGCGCCUGCGGUGGCUGCUCCUACUACGCCUCCCGCUCGGCCCAGAACGAUGCCCAGCUGGUGCUGCUGCCCUACCAGCUGCUCCUGCAGCAGUCCGCCCGCCAGCAGCUGGGCAUCGAUCUGCGCGGCUCCAUUGUGAUCGUGGACGAGGCGCACAACCUCCUCGACUCGAUUGCCCAACUGCACGGGUCGGAGCUGACCCGGUCCCAGCUGGAGCUGGCCCGCGAUCAGGUCGCCGGCUACAAGGAGCAGUAUGCGCCCCGCCUGAGCACCCGGAAUCUUCUGAGGAUCAACCAGCUGCUCUUUGUGCUGCGCCGCCUGCUGAAGCUGCUCGAACCGAAGGCCGCAGCCCCGUCCCCACCCGUGAGAAUGUUGCGCACCUACGAGCUCUCCUCCGAGGGCGACUUCGACAACAUCGAUCUGCACGCCCUGCUGGAGUUCUGCGGCCGCACGCGGUUCGCCCAGAAGGUGCAGGGCCAUGCGGCUCGGGUGCAGCGGGAGCCGCGGCCCAGCGAGAACCAACCGCCCGCCUCCAGUCGCCAGACGCUGCUGCAGCGCCUGGCCACGCAGCAUCGGACGUUGGGAAAGCAGACCCAGGGCAAGCGCAAACUGGCCGAGACCCAUGCAGAGGCAGAAGUUGAUGCGAAGGAGACGCAGCUGGAGAGGCUGGCACUGGCACCCUCGCCCAUUCGGCCGCUGUUGGCCUUCAUCGAGACGCUCACCAGCAAUGCGGCGGAUGGGCGGGUGCUGCUUAAUGUCCAGGCGGGAAUCGUCAAGUAUCUGCUGCUGGAUCCAGCCGAGCACUUUGCCGACAUCCUCUCGGAGGCCAGAGCGAUUGUCAUCGCUGGCGGAACUAUGCAGCCCACGCAGGAGCUCAAGGAGCAGCUGUUUUCCCGUUGCCCGGAGCGACUGGUGGAGCGCUUCUACAGCCAUGUGGUGCCGCCGGACGCGGUGCUGCCGUUUGUCGUGGCCAAGGGACCGACUGGAGCCAGCCUCUGCUUCAGCUAUGCCCAGCGUGGCGCUCCCGCCAUGCUCAAGGAACUGUCUAUGGUCCUGCAGAACCUGUGCAAUGUCGUGCCUGGGGGCGUUGUCUGCUUCCUGCCCUCGUACGAGUACCUGGAGACGGUACACAGCCAUCUGGAGCAGAGCGGUGGCCUGAAGAGCAUUGCCCGCAGGAAGCGCAUCUUUCGUGAAUCCUCUGGAGCCGCAGAUCAGCUCCUGCAGCAGUAUGCAGAGGCUCCUGGACUCCUUCUGGCCGUCGUGGGCGGUAAACUGUCCGAGGGACUGAACUUUGCCGACGACCUGGGGCGGGCCGUGCUCGUUGUGGGACUGCCGUAUCCGAAUCGCAAUACGCCGGAACUGCAGCAGCGGAUGCGGCAUCUGGACGGGCGCCUGGGCCCUGGCGCCGGCAACGAGUAUUACGAGAAUCUCUGCAUGAAGGCGGUCAACCAGUGCAUCGGCCGCUCUGUGCGACACAUCCGGGACUACGCCUGUGUCUUUCUGAUCGACGAGCGAUAUGCCAGCGCCCGGAUACGGGAUAAGCUGCCGGAAUGGAUAUCCCGGCACAUUGCCGAGCCCAACGGCAUUGGAUUCGGUGCUGUUCAGGCACGCACCGCCCGCUUCUUCAAAAGCAGAUGACGAAUCUCAGUAUUGUUCCUUUCGUAGAUCGGAGAUAUGUUAAAUUGGUUUAAGAAUAAAAUUUAUUUAAAUAUAUGCACAUAUCGGUACAUGGCGGAAAGUCU